AUGAAUCCAACAGAAGUAAUCUCUAUUCUUGUUGCUCCUGUCUCUGAUUUAAAUGCUACUACUUCAAGCCAAAAUGUUACCGAAACUCCAAGCCGACCAACGGAUCAAUGCUGCAUUAUUCCCGUAGUUCGACCUGGUUGUCGUCAUUUAUUUUCAGAGUUUUGA